AUGCUCAGGAAGCUGAAUGUUCCAACCCAUCAUUCAAAAGUCUAUAUUUCAAAGUAUUUAAACAAGGACGAAGUUCUAGAGGCACCAAAAAAGAUAAAGAAAAAGCACAGCCCGUACUUCCCAAAUAUCUUGUGUAAGUUCUACGCUAAAAAUGGCUGUUCAAAGGGUGACGAGUGUAUAUUCUCACACGACAUUUCUCGGUUCCAGACAGGCAUAGAGGAGACUGAAUAUGCUUUGAAAGAAGAGGAUGAAAAUGAAGACAUGAAAAAGCUGCAUGAAGAUAAAUCUACAUUUGUAUCACCCUUUGAAUAA